GUUCCCACUUCGUCUUUUAAAGGUUCUUAUAUUGCAGAGAAGAAGUUUGAUUACGAGUCUUCAUUUUCAAUCACUCUUAGAGCUUUUUUCCGAGCUUUCAUGGCAUAUUCUUCAUCCUCCAACAUAACUCCUCCUCCUCCAUUAUUCCCCAAACUCUCUGGGGAAAACUACGACGUUUUCCUCAGCUUCAGAGGCGAGGACACUCGCUACAGCUUCACGAGCCAUCUUCACGCAGCUUUAACGAGGCUCAAAGUGAGGACCUACAUCGACUAUGAGCUCCAGCGAGGAGACGAGAUAUCGCCGGCACUGUUGAAGGCCAUCGAAGAAGCUAAGGUUGCUGUCGUAGUUUUCUCUCAAAACUAUGCUUCUUCAAGAUGGUGUUUAGACGAACUGGUGAAGAUAAUGGACUGCAAGAGAUCCAAAGGCCAGAUCGUCGUCCCCAUCUUCUACCACAUCGAACCAACCCACGUCAGGAAUCAGACCGGAAGCUACGCCGAUUCAUUCGCUCAGCAUGAUCGCCGUCUCAUGGGCUCCAACCCCAACAAGGUCCUAAGUUGGAGGUUCGCUCUUUCUGAAGCUGCUAAUCUUUCAGGCUGGGAUUGUUUGGUCACCAGGAUGGAGUCAGAGCUGGUGGAGAGGAUCGCCAUGGACGUGUUGCAGAAGCUAGAUUCGAUUAACAAUGGCGGGAUAGAGAGCAGGAUAGCGACGUACAAGCAGAUGGCACAGGCGAAGCUAGAGAAGUGUUUGAGGAGUGGGAAUCUGAGCGACAUGGAAGAUCUAACAGAGACACUGCAAGAGCUAGCGAAUCUGAAACUGGACAAGGCCCUGCGUACGGACGAUGAUAGGGACUGGGAAGAACUUGACGUGACGAACCAGAGAAUUUUGCAGCUCAAGCAGCAGAAGUUCAUUCGCUCGCCGUGUAAUCCCAAGGCUAUGGAAGAUUACACUGCCACUCAACGCCAAAUUGCUCAGAUUAAUGCUGAGAGAGAGAAUCGCAGGCGUGGCCUCUACCGUGGAAUUUAAGAUUAUAAUUGAAGUUUCGAUUUGUUCUUCCAUCGUCAUGCAUGAUUGUCAAGGUUGAUAAUUGUUGUCUGUGAUAACUGAUUGAUCCUCUUUCGUUAAUUGGAAGCAGUUGUGAAA